CCCGUCGGGGCUCGCCGGCUCUCCCACCCGCCGCCCGAGCAGCGGCAGCGGCACAGCGCAGGGGAGGCGGCGGCGCUCGGAGCCCCAGCCCCAGGAUGUCGGCGGUGCUGGUAAUCGCCGCCUGGUGCUUCCUGCAAGCGGAGAGCCGGCGCGCGGAGAUCGUCACGAGUAACGGCAAUCGCGGCGAUUUCCUGGACAACGACAAAUGGCUGAGCACCGUCUCGCAGUACGAGAAGGACAAGUACUGGAACAAAUUCAGGGAUGAUGAUUAUUUCAGAAACUGGAAUCCAAACAAGCCUUUUGAUCAAGCCCUUGAUCCAUCCAAAGAUCCAUGCCUGAAGGUGAAGUGCAGCCCACAUAAGGUGUGCGUCACUCAUGACUAUGAAACAGCGAUUUGUAUAAGCCGCAAGCAGCUGGUACACAGCCUUCGACAAAAGAAAGCAAAUGGGGCUCCGAAGCACUGGACUGGACCAGCUAGCAUAGCAAAGUGCAAGCCGUGCCCCGGGACGCACGCCGACGCUGUCUGCGGUUCUGAUGGACAUACGUACACGAGCAAGUGCAAGUUGGAGUUUCAUGCGUGUACUUCUGGCAAAGCCAUCACAGCCCGAUGCGAAGGACCCUGCCCCUGCCUUCCGGGACCUGAAAAUCCAAAACACAGGACGGAGAAGGCUGCUUGCACAGACAAGGAACUGAGGAGUCUCGCCUCGCGACUAAAAGACUGGUUCGGCGCUCUGCACGAGGAUGCAAACCGGGUCAUCAAACCAACCAGCUCGGAAGCAACGCAAGGCAGAUUUGACACCAGCAUACUACCGAUCUGUAAGGAUUCCUUGGGCUGGAUGUUCAACAAACUUGACAUGAACUACGACCUGCUGCUGGAUCCCUCGGAGAUCAGUGCCAUUUACCUUGAUAAGUAUGAGCCAUGUGUCAAGCCUCUCUUCAACUCUUGUGACUCCUUCAAAGACGGAAAGCUUUCCAACAACGAGUGGUGCUACUGCUUUCAGAAGCCCGGCGGUCUUCCUUGCCAGAAUGAAAUGAAUAGAAUUCAAAAGCUAAGUAGAGGGAAGAGUCUGUUGGGUGUUUUCAUUCCACGCUGCAAUGACGAAGGUUAUUACAAAGCAACUCAGUGCCAUGGCAGCACAGGGCAGUGCUGGUGCGUUGAUAAGUACGGGAAUGAGAUAGCCGGCUCCAGGAAACAAGGGACGGUUAGUUGUGAAGAAGAGCAAGAAACCUCAGGGGAUUUUGGCAGUGGUGGAUCUGUUGUGCUGUUGGAUGAUUUGGAAGAGGAACCUGAAGCAGCAAAAAAGGACAAAGAAGGAAAACUGAAGAUUCAUGUAAGAGCAGCUAAUGAAGAUGAUGAAGAUGAAGAUGAUGAUAAGGAUGAUGAAAUUGGUUAUAUAUGGUAGUGUCCACCAUUCUGAGGACUCACAUUUUGCACAAUAUUGCAAGUCACAUCAUAAGUCUGCAAUUGUAUCUGAGAGUACCUGGCACAAAUAUUCCCUCUCUAAUCAGUUUGGUUUUAUAUAGUGUAUUUAAUUUUGAAGACAGCUUUUCUUUUUUCCCAUCCAGGACUGUUUGGAAUACUGUUUUUGUUCAGCUGGUUUGGGGGAUUCUUGCUCUAUCCACAGGGGCAAUGAGUUUUGUUUCAAAAACAUUUCAUAUCUUAAUCCUCUCCUGCACAGCUCAUACCCUGAGAAGGAAGAAUCACAGAAGGAGCUCAGCAAACCAGUAAGAGGCUUAGGAGCCCGUCCCAUGUUAUGAGCCUUAGAGAACUUGUAUCGUAAAUGGUUACCUGGAUCAUAUCAGAAACAGUUACUUUUUCUUUCAUGAAGAAAGAAAAGCAGGUGCCUCAUUUCAUAGUCUUACCUGUUACUAAAGAGUAAGUCAGUUUAAAGUGGAAGGAAGCCUGCUUGUGGGCUGUUUUCCUUACAUUUCCUGAAAACGGCUUAGUCCAGCCAUCAGGGCAGGUGGUGGCAAGACUUCUGCUAGAUGCCGAAGUGCAGGGCAUGCCACUGGUGCUGCCUCGCUUCAUUAAGCGAUAACAGGCUGGAUCUAGAGAGCUGCUGAGAACCUGCAGCUGCCUUGGCUCCAGCCCCACGGCCAGGGGACGUAAUUCAUCUGCCUUCCAAAGUGUUUGAGGAAAAAGUGGUUUGCAAAUCUGUAACAGCACGGCCAUCUCCUAACUAGCUGUUCUGCAGCUUCUACCUGAACUCAUUUGCACUACGCUUUGCACUGACGUGGUGCAGAGCUGCCCCUGCUUCCCGACUCCCGCCCCACCUAGCCCUCGCCCCUCCUUCAAAAGCUAUGAAGCUGUCAAAGAUGCUGUCAAAAAUAAUAAGCUGUCAUUUCUUUAUUUUAAGCAGCUAAUAUUUAUUUGGCCUGUUCAAAAAAGCAAGUCAAGGUGGUCAUGCUUCAAAAGCAUAAACCCCCUGCUCAGUAUGGUGAGCUCCACACUUCUAAUACGUACCCGUAAAAGAGAGGAAGAAUAUUAAAAUGCAAUCUGUGAUUCCCUCAGCAUAUCCCGUAUAUUCCUAACUCUACAGCAGUAUCACAGCGCAUUGACACUGAGUUAUUUGGGAGGUCCUCUCCCCUUGCAGUUCUCUGACGCAGGAAUGUACCAUGGUGAUCAUUUGUUAUUUUUUGCUGUUUUCAGUACCAGGAAGAAGGGGACGAGCCAAGGAAAGGAAUAUGUGUGUCUGCAGGCACAUUUUGGGGGACAGUAGGGGUUGUUUGUUUGUUUUUACUACAUAAAAGCUUUUAGGAAUAAAUUUACCCUCAAGUUAGAAAGAUUUACCCUCAAGCUAGUAAAAAGUAGGUGGCUCACCUGGUCCAUGGCAAAUGGGAGCAGGCAAAUCCCACGUCACUUGGCAGGAGACACUUUCCAGGGAUCCCGGGCCAAGGGAGGCGGUCCUCGCCCUGUCCGCAGUCAGCGCGUGCGGCUGAGCCGCUCCGAGCUCUGCAGCCCGUCUCGCCCGCCGUGUCGGACCUGUGCCCCCAGCCAUGAGCCAAAAAGCGAUGCAGAAAGGGAACUCUUGGUUCGGGGGCUGCAAGUCGCAGGAGCUCACUUGCUUUCUCCUCUUUCAUUUCCUAUUUGUCUGGAUUAAUAACCUGAAAACAACAACCAAGGCUGCACGAGUGUUAAUGCAGAAGGAUGUGUAAAAUCAAAAAUCUUGAGGCAUUUGUUCUGUGUGCUGUUUUGCACCGCCGUACGCACCCAGAAAGCUGCCUGCACGGUCGUUUGUGGAAGGCUGGCAAUCCAUCCUGCUUCAGAUCAAAUCCCUUUGGUUUCUCUCCAGCUUUUGAAAAGCUAUUUAAAAAUCACUGUGAGCUAUGUGGCACACACAUACCUUUCCUACUUGCUUUUCAUAGAAAAUUAUGCUGACUUGCAAAAGGAGCAGACACAACCAGCAUUUCAGUUUGCCUAAAUAGUGUAUGUCUGGGGGAAACCGGUAGCUUGCUUCUCGCCCGUCGUGGCUAGUUUCAUUCUGGCAAUUUGAUAAUUGAACCCUUACUUUCUUGGUCUAUCACUGCAGUCACGUGCAGGACGUACCCCUGUGCAAGCACACACGCGCUCCCCGAAACCGCGGCUUGAUACGCUCAGCUAGGUUCAACUCCAGCAGGGGUUAAAGAGGCAAGAAACGAGUCCCAUCUGCCUGGACGCAGAGCUCCUCUGGAUCAAUCCUCCUCCAUUCCUCAUGCUUCUACUGGGAGCUUUGUAAAGCAUUUAAUUUGCUUCCUAGUUAAUUUAAUGCCUUCCCCCCCCCCUUUUUUUUUUGCAAAAACAGAAUUUCCCAUCUGCAUCAAAUCACUGACCUUCCAAACAUUUUGUGUUAAAAAAUGGAAACAGAGAUGUCCCAUUCCUUUAGAGACACAAACUAAUUUUUAAUCACAUUUUCUUUUUGUAUUAGAGACUAUGAAAUACUGUUAGACCUUGCUUUAUGUUUCAAGGUGUCCUUUUAACUGCUGUGGUUAAAUCAAAAUCUCCUUGCGUUCAGAUUUCAGCACAGUUGGGUUUUGGGGUCACUCAUGGCCUUUGCUGUGAACACAAAGAAUACUUCUUUUCUUUGCCUUUUGUUAAGCUAGUCUGAAUCAUUCUUUUAAGCCAUUUGAAGUGUUUAUUUAAUAUUUAUUCUACAGUUUAUAUUGAAAAUGUAAAGUUUAUAUUUAAAACUACACUGUUUGUUAGUGAAUGCUUCUCUCUGCCUCGCCAGCCUAGUCCGUAGUCUCAGUGUACAUUUCUGGCAUGGGAAUAUUUUGAUAUUAGAAGUUUUGUAGCAUUUUUCCCCUCAAGCAGCCGAUGACGUAGCUCUAAGGUCAGCACUUGAUACAGACCACCAGAUUGGCGCAAGCUUCGCUCCCUACAUUUGUUGGCUUUUAUUGCAGUCCCUUCUGUACGCCAUUGGAGUUCCUUUAGGACACAGACCGCUUUGUACAGUUACUAUACAUCAAAAAAAAAAAAAAAAGGCCCUUUCUACAGUAGGUGGGUUUUGGUCUUUUUAUACUUUUCUCAAUGCUGUUGAUGUCCGGUCCUGUUAAAUGUGUAGAGCUGUACGGAGAGAUCCAAAUAUUCCGUGUUUCAGUUUGAUGUCCCUACUGUAGCUGGAUGUAGACUAUCAUAGUAAAAGUAGAACUGCAUAGUAAAUUCUGAAUGCUUUUUCCAUAAGGAGUUAACUGGAAUGUGAACAUUUUGCUAUCUUUGGUUAACUGUAAAGGCUUAAUUGUAGUCUGAAAUAGUUGCAUUUUUGUCUGUCUCAAUAAAUUUUAAUUUGUCUGCGA